AGGAUAAACAUGUCACUUAAUUCCAUCCUUUCCGCGGGCGCCAUCGACAACGCCAUCAAGGAUUGCCAAGCCCCGGAUUCCUUCUGUUGUAAGAAGUUCUUCCAGCUGUGUGGUUUGACCAAGAAGAGCCCACAGGAAGUGAAGGAGGUGUUCCGCGUCCUGGAUAACGAUGACAGCGGCUACAUAGAGGAGGAGGAGCUCAAGUUCUUCCUGCAGCGAUUCUCCCCGGGGGCUCGCGUGCUGACCGACAAGGAAACCAAGACUUUCCUGUCAGCGGCUGACGACGACAACGACGGGAAGAUUGGAGCCGAAGAGUUCCAAGCCUUGGUGCUGUCCUGA